AUGAUGAAGAAUAGGAUCUUAUUACUAUAUCAAAAGAUGAAGACUAUAAUUGUUUUCUAAAUAGUUCUAUUUCUAUUUUAUAAGCCAAAGGUAAAUAUAACUGUUAAGAAUUACAGUUAGAAUCAGAGAAAAAUUUAAGUCUAAUUUAAAACUUUAAAUAAAAAACUAAAAUAUUAACUGAGAGAUUGAGAAAUAAUUUAAUAGAUGUAAUUAACAUAAAUAAUUCCAUAGUAAAAAUUGUUUUAUGAACAUUAUUUGUAGAUGACUCGUGCAAUAUAAAAGGUUUCAAUAGAUUAAUAACCAUUAUAAUAAGAGAAGAAUGUAAUCUUAAUGAAAAUUGAAGAGCAGAAAAAAAGAAUUGAAUAAAAUAAGAAAUUAAAAAUGAAAACAGAUUUGGUUCAUCAUUUUUUAAGUUCAGAUAUUUGUUCAAUAGUUAAUUUAGCUGAUAAAAAAAUAAAUUAUGAUAUAAAAACAUAGGAAGAAUUUAAUAAAAAAUUGGAAUCUGUUUAGAUAUAUUUGGCUGAUUAAUUUUUAUAGGUAUAUUUAAAAAGAUCGAAUAAAAUAAUCAAAAUUAGGGAAAGAUAAUAGGAUGGAUAAAAGAAAUUUGAAGAAUUGAAAAAUAAUUUGAAAGAAAUAGAAUAUCAGAUAAAUAAAAGUAAUAAGGAAAUAAAACUAAAAGAUACCUAUUGUUAAUAGGGCAUAUAUGCAAUAAAAAGUUUAUUAAGGAAAGUUUGA